AUGUCUGCAGCUCCGCUUCAGAUCGUCAACGAACGACAGCUGAACACCCGGACAAACAAUGUUUACACUCCCACAAAAUACACGGUAGGAAAGGAAAACCUGCAGCAACACACCAGCAACAAGCGUCCAGACCACCACUACGACCAACACAAGCAGCCCGCUCCCAAGAAGAAAAAGGAAAAGCUCUCCGCUCUGUGCAAAACGCCGCCUUCUCUCAUCAAGACCCGCGGCAGGGACUAUCGGAGGGGCCAUUUUCUGGGCGAAGGUGGCUUCGCAAGAUGUUUCCAGAUCAAAGACGACUCUGGCAAGAUCUUUGCCGCCAAGACCGUGGCAAAGAUCUCGAUAAAGUCUGAAAAGACGCGCAAAAAGCUUCUUUCUGAAAUUCAGAUCCACAAGAGUAUGCGACAUUUCAACAUCGUCCAGUUUGUGGAUUGUUUCGAGGAUGAUACCAAUGUCUACAUUCUGCUAGAAAUAUGUCCCAAUGGCUCUCUGAUGGACCUUCUAAAAGCAAGAAAAGUACUUACAGAGCCAGAAGUACGCUUCUUCACAACACAGAUCAUAGGCGCUGUAAAAUAUAUGCACAGCAGACGAGUUAUUCAUCGAGACCUUAAGCUCGGGAAUAUCUUCUUCGACAGCAACUACAAUCUAAAGAUCGGAGAUUUCGGACUGGCUGCCGUGUUGGCCAACGAUAGAGAACGCAAAUUCACCGUGUGCGGCACGCCCAAUUACAUAGCGCCAGAGGUCCUUACCGGCAAACAUACCGGCCACUCUUACGAGGUUGAUAUCUGGUCCUGUGGCGUAAUGAUAUACGCUUUGUUAGUGGGCAAACCACCCUUUCAAGCAAAAGAAGUCAACAUUAUCUAUGAGCGUAUCAAGUCUGGAGACUACGUUUUUCCCAAAGAGAAGUGCAUUUCUCCCGACGCGAUGAUUUUGAUCAAGGACAUACUCUCCAUAGAUCCUCUGGAGAGACCAUCUUUAGAUGAAAUCAUGGAUUAUGUUUGGUUCAGGGGCCUAUUUCCACCAAGAAUUGAUACCGAUACUCUAGCUUCUGGACCAAACUACGAUUAUCUGGAUAUGGCUCAAUCAAUGGCAAACUUGAAAGCUUGUAUGACGCGAUCGGGCUUAACAUCAGGUUCGUCAUCUUCCACCAAAGAUCCCAUCAAGCUUGUUAAGAACGACCUCGAACAAGAACGAAGUAGAACAAUCUUGCCACAGUCGUUAUCGCCAGGUGGAACUAAGAAUAAGUACCAGGAAGUCGUUGACCUCGAUGCUCAAAAGAAGCUUAAUGACCUAGCGCGCGAGGCAAGAAUUAGAAGAGCACAGCAGGCUACCCUCAAAAGAGAUCUCGUUGCCACUUCCACAAAUGCUAUCAAAUCCGAAAUAUCGCUACGAAUUCUGGCCAGUGAAUGCCAUUUGACGCUAAAUGGUAUUUUGGAGGCAGAAGCUCAAAAGCGCAUGGGUGGGCUCCCCAAAUCAAGACUGCCGAAGCUCAAGAAUCCAAUUGUUGUGACAAAAUGGGUCGAUUAUUCCAAUAAGCAUGGCUUUUCAUACCAAUUGUCAACGGAUGACAUUGGUGUACUAUUUAAUAAUGGCACCACGGUGCUGAGGCUUGCCGACGCAGAAGAGUUUUGGUACAUUAGCUACGACGACAGGGAGGGCUGGGUAGCAAGCCAUUACAACUUGACAGACAGACCCCACGAAUUGGCAAGACAUCUGGAGGUGGUGGACUUUUUUUCGAAAUACAUGAAGGCGAAUUUGAGCAGGAUCUCGACUUUCGUUCGUGAGGAAUAUCACAAAGACGAUGUUUUCCUUCGAAGAUACACCCGUUAUAAACAGUACGUGAUGUUUGAGCUGAGUGACGGCACGUUCCAGUUCAAUUUCAAAGAUCAUCACAAGUUUGCCAUUUCCGAAGGUGGUUCGUUGAUCACUUAUAUCUCGCCCGACCGCGAAAGCUCUACGUAUCCGACCGUUGAGCUGCUUAAGGCUGGCGUGUUACCCGAGCAUCCCGAUAUCGAUCUGUCCGACAAGAUAUUCAUGAUGAAGGAGGGCCUCAAGCAGAAAGCUGCAAUCGUAUCCACCGCGCAGCCGCAGAUAUAG